CAUUCUCCUUUUUUUUAUUUUUUUAUCUUCUAACAAGUUUAUCGUUUACAACCAAUCAGUUAUUCUUAAGCCACUUUUAGAAGCAGCUGAUGAAGAGGUUUCAUUUCAAGAUUGUGCAGCUAGUUUAGUUCAAAAAUACUGUGCGUUUAAAAAUAAAAAACACCUAAUUGUCAUUAACCAAAAUAUAGAAACUGAUUGUGGAAUAUCUCAGGAAACAAUUGAUUUAAAAAGCAGUUUUCUACCUUCACCGGAUAACACAAAAAGGUGCUAUUUGCUAAAUAUAGGAGACCAAAUCAAUUUAAGUAAUUUUAAUAAUAAACUCAGUAACAACUCUUUUAAUACAAAAGCGAUAUUCAUACUGUUUAUUUCAACAGUUGUGAACCUUCGUGAAUCAAAUCAGUUUCUUCAAACUCUUGCUGAUUAUUAUUUAAUAAAAGUUCUUUUGGUUGAUAACAAUUUCUUUGUGUAUACAUAUUUCCCCUACAAGUAUGAAAACAUUAAUCAACCAGAAACUGAAUUAUUGAGGCUUGGAAUGUGCAAUAAAGAAAAAAACUUUGAAAAAACAUUGUUUGAUGAACAUUUACCUAAAUAUUGGAGAAAUAGCACAGUACAUAUCUAUUAUCGCAAUGCACCUCCUUUUACAAAUAAAGACCAUACAGGUGCUGAACAAAUUCUAUUUUCAGCAAUUUUCAAAAAACUAGGGGUUAAAAUUUCCUCUCAGAUGGGCUCUCUAACAUUCCAAGGACUUAAAGUCAAUCGAACCUAUGAAAGUGAGGGUUUAAGGCUUCUUUCUCAAAGAAAAGUGCAUAUGAUUGCCGGAAGCUAUAAAGCUAUAUCGGAAUUUUAUCAAGAUUUUGAUAGCAGCCUGGUAUAUUAUUUGCAGCAAUCCACUUUAUUUGCUCCCAGUGCAUUAAAAAAGAGUCUCUUUGAAGUAUUGUAUUCUGUAACUAUCAAAGGAAUGGGUGUUUUUACCUGUGUUAUUAUAAUUUGGUGUUUUUUUGUCAAGCUAGCUUAUGGUAUACGCUGUGGUCCACUGAUAGGGAUAUGUUACUUAAUAAACAUGUCACAACCUAUAAACAAGAUUCAUAAAUUAAAGUUUCGUUAUGCUUUGGCAGGCUUAAUGUUCGGAACAUAUUUAUACAACACGUUAAUAUUUGGUUAUAUAAAAACGUCAUUUUUAAAUGAGCAAUAUCAGAAAGAUGUCCAUACUAUAAAUGAUGCUUUGGAAUCGAAUCUUCAAGUUUUAAUUUCUCCAGAACUUAUGCAAAGUUUUAUGAAACACUCUGAUGAAUCAGAUCGACGUCUGAUAAAUAAAAUAGGUAUAUGUAAAAUUAAAUUAUCCGACUGUUUAAAAAAGGUUUGUUGGGAUAGAUCCACUGCAAUGGUUGGGCUUAUAGUAAUUAUGAAUUAUUUAGCCUUUGAUGUAUGUCCAAACCAAAUAGGUGGAAGACCACAGAUACAUAUAGGGCAGCAAAUUACCAAAGAUCUGAUACAAAGCUACUUUAUCAAAGGAUGGCCAAUGGCUGAAGAUAUUAACAGCAUUUUGUUUCGAAUAUGGUUUAUUGCAGGAAUAAUUAGGAAAGAAGAAAGUAAAGUCGAGGUUCACUAUUAUAAAAUUACAAAUAAAAUGUUUGGAAUUAGCAUAAAAUCAACUUCUUUGGUACGAGAAAUUUUUAUUGCGCACAUUUAUUAUUUUAUAGUAUUCUAUUCUAUAUGUAUUUUAGCUUUUUUAGGAGAGAUACUAUUAGGUAAAAGGAACGGAAGCAAUGUUCAUUAGACUUACAUUUGUUACUUAUUAAUUAAAUUUUGCACAGCUGCUAUCCUUUGUCUUUUCACUAUACUGAGUGGUUCCCUCUCUCAAAGGGAACACUGUAUAACCUAAAAAAGGAAAAAAAAA